GACUCCCCGAAACACCAAAAGAGAGCAGCAGCAGCAAACGCCUAAACACUUCUUCGCCUCGGUCCGAUCGGAAAUUUCAUUUUAUUGGAAAUGAGCGGCGAUGUUGAGGGGAUUGUGGUGCGACUUUUGGCCAGCUUGGUGCUCCACGGUGAUGCCACGUUCAUGGUACCCCGAAUGGGUCCGGUAUCGAGAGAUUCUGGGAACGGAAACGGAUAUCGCCGAGUGUCGUAUAACAAUCGACGCAGUCGCCAUCGCUUCUGUCUGGUGGUGUACAUGCUGGCCAAGAUUCACCGGCUGCAGGUGAACGGCGGCAGCUACACCGUUCGGGGGCUCUACUACAGCGAUCCCCAGCUGAUACGGACGCAACGGCACAUUGCCGCAGCCAGACUGGACGUCUGUCAUAUUCUGAACACGUCGCCUACUCGCUUGGGAGUGCUCUCCGCCUCCAAGGGUCUAAUGGCAGGCGACAUACGGAUGCUCAUGACCAACGGAGAUGUCUUGGACUGCAACGUAUAUAGCGGUGCUAUCAUAUUGCCCACGGACACCGAGAAGGUGGAACGCAUUGUCACCCAGGCGGACUUUGUGCUGGUCGUCGAAAAGGAGUCUGUCUUCGAGAGCCUGCUGGCACGCGAUCUGUUCGGCACCUUCGGUCGCCGCUGCAUCCUGGUGACCGGCAAGGGCUACCCGGACUGCAGCACGCGGCGCAUCCUGCACCGGCUAUCCACAGAGUGCCACUUGCCGGCCUACAUACUCGUCGACGCCGAUCCGUUCGGCAUUGAGAUAAUGCUCGUCUAUCGCCUCGGGUCGCAGUCCAUGAGCUUCACAUCGGGAGACCUCGCCACGCCUACACUACGGUGGAUUGGCCUCCACCCCUCCGAGAUACCGGCCCUCUCCAGCGGUGCGGUUGCCCUUAGCAGUGGGGAUAACAAGAAAAUCGAUGACAUACUCGCCCGCGACUACAUUGGCCCUGGAGUGCGACAGGAGCUGCGUUCGCUGCAGCAGAUUCAGCAGAAGGCCGAAAUCGAGAGUGUCAUUGACUUCCUGUCCACCGACUACAUUCCGAACAAAAUAAAUCGGAAUUUAUUUCUAUAGACUACUCGAGAGACCUCUCUGCAAAGCUCGUUUAAAAUGCAUUGAAAAUGUAUACGAAUAUUCUUUAAAAUUUGUAGAGGCCUGAAAGGCAAAGAAUAACUACAUUCAAACCAUAUUAAUUUCUUCAUAUAUCUACACAUCUAUAUGACUUAAUUACUGAACUUGUAGCUGUCUGUAUCUACUACAGAUUUAUAAGUUCAAUUCAAUAUUAGUUUUUGUAAAAACAAAUAUGGCGGACUUCCAAAACAGAAAUUCAAAAAUGGCACAAACUUAAACGAAAACUCAAUGGAAACUCUGUAAAUAUAAAUAAUCAACAGAAAUUCCAUUAAUUCUUAGUAAAUUAAUAAUUCUUUUUCAAUAAUAAAAAAACUGUAAAAUAAUUUUAAAGAUUAAUUUCUUUAUAAAGAUAAUCAUGAAAACGGCAUUCCUGAACGAGAAGUGGAUUUUGAUAUUAAUUAUUGAAUGACAAAUUGGCAAAACUGUAACAAGAGAAUAUCUAUAGUUGGCUAUUUUUUAGUUAAUGAAAUACAGACAAAAUAUUAUUUAAUGAA